AUGUCUUUCACGCGAACGGCGACCUACGCCCCACAGCCCGCCACAGAGCGAGGAAGGCCCGUCCAUCUCGGCGGAGACCCGAAGGGCAAUAACUUCUUGUACACGAACGGACGCUCUGUUAUUAUCAGGAACUUGGCUAACCCGGAGAUUGCGAAAGAGUACACCCAGCAUACUGCUCAAGCCACGGUUGCACGUUACUCGCCGAGUGGAUUUUACAUAGCAUCGGCUGAUAUUCAAGGGAACGUGAGGAUCUGGGACACGAUCAACGCCGAGAACAUCAUCAAGACGGAAACGAGAGUGUUUGCCGGGAAAGUAAACGACCUUGCGUGGGAUUUCGAGAGUAAGAGGAUCAUUGCUGUUGGCGAGGGGAAGGAUAGGUUCGGCCACGCCUUCCUCUUCGACACAGCCUCCUCAGUCGGCGAGAUCGCCGGGCACAGCAAAGCCGUCAACUCAGUCGACAUCCGCCCCGGCCGCCCGUUGCGCGCCAUCACGGGAUCCGACGACACCUCGGUCAACUUCUACCACGGCGUACCGUUCAAGUUCAACAAGUCGCUGAAUGAGCAUUCGCGGUUUGUGCAGUGUGUGAGGUACUCGCCUAGUGGGGAGCAUUUUGUUUCCGCCGGGGCUGAUGGGAAGCUCUUCUUGUACGACGGGAAGGAAGGGACGAAGAUUGCUGAUCUAAGCACCGUGGAGGGUGCCCAUAAGGGUGGAAUCUACUCCGUGUCCUGGAGCCCGGAUGGUAAAAAUUUGCUGUCUGCUUCCGCGGAUAUGACAACGAAGAUAUGGGAUAUCGCUGCGCAGAAGGUGGUCAGCACCUGGGAGUACUCCUCCACCCCCUCCUUCGACGACCAACAAGUCGGCUGCCUCUGGCAAGGCGACCACACCAUCUCCCUCUCCCUCGCCGGCGAUAUCUCCUACCUCAACCGCUCCUCCGGCGGUUUUGCCCGCACCGUCCGCGGCCACUCCAAAGGCAUCACCGCCCUCGCCGUCAAAAAGGACCAGACGCUCUACACCGGGAGCUACGAUGGACGCGUGUGCUCGUGGAAGGAGGCGAAGGGGGUUGCGGCGGUGCCAAGUGGUGCGCCGCAUACGAACUCGGUGAUGGGGUUGGCGGUGGCGAAGGGGAAGGUGUAUAGUGCGGGGAUGGAUGAUACCGUGCGCAGUAUUGCUGUCGAGGGGGAUAACACCGUUUUCGGUUCAGCAGCCCUCUCCACCGGCGCCCUCCCACGCUCCAUCGCAGCCUCCCCCGACACCGAGAUAGCCGUUACCGUCACCGUCGCCCCGCAAGUGAUCAUCGUCAAAGACGGUCAACGCGUCGCCGAGGUCAAGCUCGACUAUGUCCCCGUGAGCGUUGCUGUGGCUCCCAAUGGGAAGGAAAUUGCUAUUGGCGGGGAGGACACGAAAGUACACAUCUUCGCCCUCGAGGGCUCGAUGAAAGAGAAGGCGGUACUGGAAUUCAACCGCGGGCAAGUCACGGCCGUCGCAUACUCGCCAGACGGGACCAUGCUCGCCGCGGGCGACUCGCAGUCGAAGAUUGUUGUUUAUGAUACCGCUUCUCAUCAGGUGAAACUCCACCAAUGGGUCUUCCACAGCGGCCGCAUCACCUCCAUCUCCUGGUCCUCCGACUCCAAGCACGCCGUGUCAGGUUCGCUCGACACCAACGUCGAGGUGUGGUCCGUCGACAAGCCCAUGAAGCAUAUUGCGAUCAAGAAUGCGCAUUUGGAGGGCGUUUCGGGGGCGGUUUUUGUGGGCGAGACAAGUGGCGGGAAGAGUCGGUUGGCGACGGCGGGGGCUGAUGGGUUUGUUAAGCUUUGGGACGUUGUUCACCACCAGUAGAGGACGAAAAGGAUUCUUCCCUUGUCCGACGAUGUGACAUUUUGUACACUAGAACGCCGCUUGCGAAAAUCGCGUACCAUCAAAAUGACCAGAAAGCGUCUACCUAGCACAACCUA